UUUUCUCCUUCACCUUCCUUCCCAUGGUUUGCACACACACACACACACACACUCUUCUCUUUUCUCUUUUCUCUUCUUCUUCUUCUUCUUCUUCUUCUUCUUCUUUAGCAAUAUCUACAUCAGUUACUCUUAGUAGGAGUUAAAACACUAAGAAGGAUAUAUAAAGGAGGAGAACACACACACACGCACACACACACACGCACACAGAUAAAUAUAUAUAGAAAGGGAGAGAGAGAGAGAGAAAAGGUGGAUCCAAGGCAAAGCAAGAGGGCUAUAGCUCCAAAUGAGCAGGAGGAGAAAGAAGAAGAACAUCAACACAUGAUGUUUCCAAGUAAUUACUCUUCUGCAAGUGCAGAUCAAGAUGUGUCAGCCAUGGUGUCUGCCCUAUCUCAUGUUAUUAGGACUAACCAAACUGCAGGACAAGGAUCAGGAGAUGAUGCUUGGCUCAUGAACGCUGGAAACCCUGCCUCCAGUCUCCCUAUCUCUAGUGCAAAUGAUGAACAAGGAAAUGUGAGGAGAAGGCAUUAUAGGGGAGUGAGGCAAAGGCCAUGGGGGAAAUGGGCAGCAGAAAUAAGAGAUCCUAAGAAGGCAGCUCGUGUAUGGCUUGGCACAUUCGAUACGGCUGAAGGUGCGGCGAUGGCCUACGAUGAAGCUGCACUUAGGUUUAAAGGAACAAAAGCUAAGCUCAACUUCCCGGAACGAGUACAAGGUCGAACUGAUAUCGGCUUCUUGGUUAGCCGGGGAGUUCCGGAACGAGCACCGGCAGUUGAACAAGUGAUCCAGCCACCAACUAGUUCAUAUCCUGACCUGCUUCAGUAUGCACAGAUACUCCAAAGCAGUAGGGAUGAAGACAUGCACAAUGUGGCAUCUGAAUUGUAUGCAGGUAGAGACCCUUACUUAAUGGGGUACCCAACACAGACAUCACCAGCAUCAGUGUCAAGUUCAUCACAAGAAUAUAUAGACUUCUCAUCCUCUUCAGCUUCUUCUUCUUCAUGGUCUUAUGGAGAUCAUCAGAGGGGCAAGGAUAUAUAGCAGCCAGCCUUGACAUUGAAUUUAUCAAGCCAUUCAUUCUCACUCUACUUAACUUUAAUUCAGCUCAAGCUGGUGCAAUAUUGAUCAUAUAUGCAUGCAGAUCAGGUGAUCUUAUUCAUUGGUUUUGUUUGACAUCAAGUUCUUGAGAGAGAGAGAGAGAGAGAGAGAGAGAGAGAGAGAGAGUGCGAGAGAUGUAUGAAAAGAAGAAAAACUUCUCUAUGUUAUGCUUG